GCUAACCAAUCUCUGUUCACUUAUAGAAAGCGGCAUAACAAAUUUAACCGCGGACUUCUAAGUGAUAAUUUCUGCUUUAAUUGAUGUUAUACAAACAAUCUAAAAUAUGAAUUGAGUUUUGUGUAAUUUAACAUAAACCUUAAACCGGCAUGGAUCUGAAGUGGAUCAUCAACUUCAUUUUUAUGAUCUAUAUAAAUAAAGCAUCUCUCCGACCUCGGAUUGUUUAUAAACCCACAGAAUUUCCAUAUUCGAGAUGCACUGAACACAGUACAAACGGAGUGACGUGUGAAAAACUAAAUAUCAGUAAAGAGAGACAAGAGAAAAAGAGUUUUUGGCCACCAGGACCAUACGCAAUACCAAUGUCGAAGUAUGGUUGUCCAGAAUCAUGGUCUCGUGGAUGGUUAAAAAGCUUUUUGAAGAUCAACAUGAACGUUUUAGCUAGCAGUCUUGAAAAAAGAAAUUCCACCGUUUUGGACUAUAAUUCCUUAUUUGUAGACAGCGCCUUUUUCACACCGCCAUUUCAAUCAGGAGAUGUGAAGCUUUAUUUUUGCGUGAAAUUCCGGAAUGAAGCCACACUAGAUCAAGAACAAUGGAUUCCAGGAGACUACAGUAUUUAUAAGAUUGGGUCAUCGUGUCCUACAGAUUUCGAAGAAUCAAGCAAAACGCUUCCUGUUACUAGCCUUGUGUCGUAUGGACUCGUUCCUAAUAUUACAGUACCGAAAGGGUCAUCGGAAGAGUUUAUCAACAUUUCCAUGUGCAAAAGAACAAAUUUUACCGACACGGGCGACAACAACAAGAAUGUAACAUUCAAAAUGUUGGAAACUGAUUUUAUUCUUGAGAAGGAUCUAGAUUCAAAUUGCACUCAUUUUGACGACGUUUCAACUGUGUUUCAGGGAGACAUGCACUGUUUUUAUAACCCAAAUGUCGUGGAAUUUGAUUAUGAAUCAUUAACAGAAUUGGUUCUGGAGAAAGGAAGACUAUCCAAAUUACAUCAAGGUAGGACUUAGCACUAAACAACAUUGUAUUUCUACACCUACGAUGGGUGGUUGAUUUUUGCCAUG